CUCGACUCUUCCGCUUCCGGUGGUUUAUGAGCGUUAAUGCUGCCCUCUGGCGACGAGGAGGCGUUUACUAACAUAGACGUAGGACGCCAUAUUGGACAGGGAAAGACUGGCCUUUAACUCCUUAAAAACAAAAAAGCCGUCCUCUCCUCUCUGCAGUGCAGUCAGCGCCACUAGCAGCACAUUUGGCGUAGGAAGGUCACGUUACAAAGUGGGUCGGCACUAUAGCUGCUGCUGCUGCUGCUGGAGAGAAGGGGAGACAGAAGGAGGACUGGAGGACUGCGCAAAAACCAGGGCCCGGAUUUGUGUCUGCCUGACGUCAUGUGGAGCCUCAGACCUCUCUGACAGGAUCCAACAAGGAGAUGUGUGAUCAACAUCCAGCAGGCCACCGGGAGAUGUCGACGAGCUGUUUUUGAGCCCGUAAAAAACAGGAUUUUCUCGCUCUGAUUGUGCGUAAAGCUUUGCACCAGGAGAGCUCCUCUCCGGCGUUAAAGAGGACUACAAACCGGGCUGUUUUCUGCCUCAAAACACGAGCUGGUGGAGGGAUAAAGCAGCUAUACUAAUCCUCCAGGACAGAUAUGGACAGGAGCAGCAGCAUGCAUGGAUUAAAUGCUAGGGAAUAAUAAAGGAGACGCCUUGAACAAAGCGACCCUUGCAGUGUUAUGAUCAGUGUUAAUCCGUGUUUGACUGGAAAUGGGAGCUUUAACAAGCAGACAAAACAUAGGCGUGGAAGAAGUGGACAUUCCGUCCAGCUCGGUGUACCGUUAUCCACCCAAAUCUGGGAGUUACUUCGCCAGCCACUUCAUCAUGGGGGGAGAGAAGUUUGACUCCACUCAUCCGGAGGGUUACCUGUUCGGGGAAAACACAGACCUAAACUUCCUGGGGACCAGACCUGUGGCGUUCCCGUACGCAGCCCCUCCACCUCAGGAACCAGUCAAGACGCUACGAAGCCUUAUAAACAUCCGUAAGGACACGCUGCGGCUCGUACGGUGCAGCGAGGACCUGAAGCUGCCGGGUGACGAGGAGGCGGGGAAGAACAGGGCCAGCUACAACGUGGAGUUCACCUUCGACGCCGACACACAGGUGGCCAUAACCAUCUACUACCAGGCCAUAGAGGAGUUCCACAACGGAGUGCCACUCUACCUGCCCCAGGACAGCUCUCUGCAGUCUGAGACGGUGCACUUCAAGAGAGGAGUGGGUCAGCAGUUCUGUCUGCCGUCACACACCGUCAACCUCAGCGAGUGGGCUGACGAGGAGCUGCUGUUUGACAUGGACAAAGAGGUGUUCCCCAUGGUGGUGCAGGCUGUUGUAGACGAGGGGGAAGAACAUUUGGGCCACUCUCACAUACUGCUGGCUACGUUUGAAAAGCACAUGGACGGGAGCUACUGUGUGAAGCCUCUGAAGCAGAAACAAGUGGUGGAUGGAGUGAGUUAUCUCCUGCAGGAGAUCUACGGGAUCGAGAACAAAUACAACAGCCAAGAAUCAAAGGUAGCGGACGAUGAGAUCAGUGAUAACAGCGCUGAGUGUGUGGUCUGUUUGUCGGAUGUGCGAGACACACUCAUCUUGCCUUGCAGACACCUGUGUCUCUGCAACGCCUGCGCAGACACGCUGCGCUACCAGGCCAACUGCUGCCCCAUCUGCAGACUGCCAUUCAGAGCUCUGCUGCAGAUCCGAGCCAUGAGGAAGAAACUCAGUCCUCUGUCACCGACCAGCUUUAACCCCGUCAUCACUUCACAGACGUCUGACUCGGAGGAACACUCGGCGUCGGAGCACAUCCCUCCAGGCUACGAGGUGGUGUCUCUCCUGGAGGCGUUGAACGGCCCCCUCAGCACCUCAUCGGUGAAUCCUCCUCCUCUCAACUCCGGUCCCAGCAACGUCUCCGGGGUGCUGCCCCCGUACAGCAGCGAGCCUCACCCGGCGCCGGCCCGCUCCCUCUCCCCUCUAGACCACUCCAACUCCAGUCAGGGACUCAAACUCAAGAAGAGUGGUUCAAAGUCACUUUCCCAGAAUUCCUCUGUGCUUCCUGAGGAGGAGGAUGAGAAGUCUUGCAGUGAAUCGGAGGUCUGUCGCCACAAACUCGCCGUGGACCAGCAGGAGAGCGGAGUGACUCCAGACAGCGAGAACCUGACUCUCUCCUCAUCUGGAGCCAUCGACCAGUCGUCCUGCACGGGAACCCCGCUCUCCUCCACCAUCACCUCCCCCGAAGACCCAGUAAGCUGCAGCCUGGUCCAGUCAGUGAUGUCCAUGGCCUCGUCCCACUCGCAGCACUCCCACAUCAGCACUGACACCAUGUCCUCCAUGUCAGGGUCCUACCUGGCCGGGGCCGAAGGCGAGCCCGGGGGGGACGAGGGGGGAGACGCUGAGGGCGAGGAGAACCAGGACGCCCCCAUGGAGAGCCGAGGACCGUCGCAGCAGGACGGGGAGUUUUCCCAGGAGCCAAAGGAACAGAACUACUCAGUGGCUGUAGAGGAGCAGGACUCGGAGGGAAACGAUGUCACUGAAGAGGACUGCUCCUCACCGUCUAAUGGGAAAGGUGGGCGGAGCAGAUGUCCAGAGUUGGCCAAUAACAAUCAGGGCGUCGCCCUCUGUGACACGCCCUCUUUGGGGUUGGAUAAUGAGCAGGCUCCCGACAGCCGAUUCGCCGGUCUGAUGUUCCUCGGGGGCUACAGGCCUGUUUUGGAGCCCCGCCCCCACCACACCUCCACCAGCAACAUCAACAUGGAGGAGCUGGGGGUGGAGAACAGGGACGGCCAGAGUCCUAAACACCCUCGCCGCGGACCACUCAUUGUGUAACACACUCAAACAAGCGCACACACACUCACUCACACCCACAAAAAACACACAGACUUCUCCGUCCAGCUCUUUUUACCCUGCCGUAGUGCUGCAUCGCUGGCUGGAUACUGAGCAGGGAACCCCCCCCCCCCACCUCCACCUCCACCUCCACCAUCAUCCUUCUGAACACUUCCUGGAUUGAUUGUCGUUGCUGGCGCUGAAACUCCUCUCGAGUAGAAAGAGGAGGGAAGAGGAAUGUCUGUCGUCUGUUGCACUUUUAUCUCACAGGAGUUCUUUUUUUUUGUCUGUGACCUAACUUGUUGAUUAGCCUACUGCUACGUUAUUAUUUAUUACCUGUAGGUCUAACCAAUGACAGCUGUGUAUUGUGACACUAUCUCUAGAAAAAUACAUGCUGCUCCUCACCUCUCCUCUCCUCUCCUCUAUUACCAGCCAAACAGUCAGGGGCUACUGUGAUCGGCAAUCUGAUUUAUUACUUCUUCUUCUUCUCUCUUAUAAACUGUAUGUUGAACGAGUGUUCGGACACUAUUUAAAGUCAGCUCACACCGGACUUCCUUAUCUUGGCGAACUAAAAACGUGCUGACUCCUCUCUUCAGAUCAGGGAGCUCCCGUCUCGACUUCGCAUGCAGCUGUUUUUUCCUCUCGAUCACCGCCAUCAUUUUCAAACAAACCUCUGCUGAAUGUGAAUACAGAAGCGGUCGGACUUGUUACGAGCCAAGAAAUGGCGGCCAAACUGAACAGAGAAGGACUGAAAACAACAACAAAAAUAAUCACAACAGAAUGUAGGACGAUGUAGAACUCUUAGAAGGGGAAUGUACGUCACGUGUAAAAUCAUCUAAACUGGAAUUAAACAUGAACUUUGAAACUGGUUCUCCAAACACACGCACCCACCACGCCAUCCUCUCCUUCUGCAGCUUCAUCUUAGCAUGUCAGUAUUAGUGCAACUGGAAAACCAACAAGAACAACAACCAAGCAAUAAAGACGCCGACGCUCCUGCAGGAGGACGCUCAUGUGCAGUUCAGACAAAAACUCUGUUUUCACUGGCAUGUUGCAUUCAAACUCAGACAUUUAAAUGUGUUAUAUUUUAUCUUAAUUUUUGUAAAGGGGAUUUAUUGUGAGAAAAACAUCAUACAGUGAGAUUUAGGCCGCACCGUGGUUAGCUGGCAUUUUGUUCACCCUCAUAUUAUCAUCCCGACGAGCCCAUUUUUCUCCUCAUUUGUGAAGCUUUUAGUUUUGGUUUUGUAUAACUUUAAUGUAUAGCUCACCUGUUGUUGACGUUCUCCGUUACCGUGUUUUAAUUUGUUGCAAAACACUGUGUCGUUUACUAGAAUGUGGAUGAAAAUAUGUGGAAAAAUUUGUAAAGGUUUACACACUUGUGCGCUCACAAAACGAAUAGCUGAAAAAGGGACGAUAUCAACAUCUAAUGCACUAUUAUCUGUUACCUAGACGACACACUUUGCGGUGCAUGAGGCGAUAGUAGAGUAAGCAUGUUAGUCUAGGUCAGCCUGCAGCCUCCUGUAGAAAACUUGAUGAUGGAUCACUGCACACACAUAAAGCCGGAUCAUAUCCUCCUGCAGUGUUAUAUAUCGGUUGCUGGCUCCCUCUUCCCUUUGACCCGAACAGUUACGGUCAAGAGGACUGCACUACUAUAUCCAAGCUGCAAACAGUCACGUGAUCACAGUCCGAAUGUGUAGAUGAAGCCGUUCUCUGGCACCAGUCGCAGUAUGAUAUCAAAAGGAGUGGGUCCCGAAUCCGCAAGAGACCCCCACUUUUCUAGAACUAUGAGUGAAAAUGUCAAAGAAAACAAACGGACAAUAAAGUUUUUGCAACUAA